UGGGGAGGAAGUGCCGAGAGGGGCACACAACAGUGGCGGCGGUUCAGGCGAGGUCUCCCUCCGCCCUUUUUCUCUGUCGUUUUGCAACUCUUUCAGACACAUCCCAAAGGCUUGUCCAUGUUGUCAAUUUGGGCGUCGUGGAAUUUGUUGAAAAAAGCUUCCCGUGAAAGUGGGCGUGUGGAACAAAAUAGGAGAGGGAAAGGACCGAAGCCGGAGAGUCAGAAGAGAACGAUGAAGAAGAAGAAGCAACAGUGCUUGAAGCAAUAAUUUUCUUUACCGGCCUGCGGACUCACACCGCGAUUAGGUCGGAGGAACCCUCGUGUUGUUUCAGAAGCGGCAAAUAUUGCUACAGGCCAUUUCUGUUUCAUCUGGAAAAGCUUGCACGGUUAGAACCAUCGUUGUAUCAUCCGAUUUGUUCGUGCUACUCCUAUCACGCCUUGAAAACGCCUAUCCAAACUGAGGUUCACCAUGACACAAUCAAGGCCAAAGUUCGAGGUGAUUGCAUCCCUCUUCGCACUGUCCCUGUUUUUGGGUGUUCAAUGUAGUCCGGUUCCCAAUGAGGCCGAUUACGAAGAGGAAGAGAUGGUCUCGACUGAUAAUCCGGAUUUCAUCAGCACGUCUUCCAUCCAGACGGUAGCCGUAGGACGAAGGCUCAAGUUGGUUUGCCAAGUCAACGACUUGGGAGAACUUCCCCUCAUCUGGAUGAAGGGUGGCAAUGAGAUGCUCACCGUAGGAUCAAAAAUGAUCACCAAAGACACGCGAUUCCAGUUUCGGAAGCUGGACGGCAACACCGGCAUGACUUUGACUUUGGAGCCCGUGGAAAAGGCUGACGCCACCAAUUAUACUUGCACAAUCGCGAUUAAUCCCCCCAAAGCGAUUCAAUUCGACGUUCAAGUGGUCGACCCCAGUGAGUUGACCAAUGAGAUUACCGAGGCCGAACCCGAAACCGACCCAUCGGAGAGCAAAUUUGAGGAUCACAGUGAGACAGUCACGGAUAAAGGUGGAGCCGCUAUUGUGACGAGCUGUGCCCUCACACUGGCCAUUGGACUUAUCAUGGCACUAAUGGGAAGAUAUUAGGCACCAAACAUGACAUUCUUCUCCCAUUUCUUCUCAAAUCCGUGUCUGAGGAAGUGCUGCUUAAAUUUGUGAUAUUGCGUCUAACGUGAGAACACUUACCAAUUAAGCUAACAAUAUGCUGCCCAAGAUUGUCAUGUGCAGAUCACCAAGACAAAGUGAGCUCAUCUGUAAGAAAACAAAGCUUCAAUGGGAACAAAAGUGGUUAAAACACACCCAUUUUCUAGUAACGGACCUUCUCAAAAAGGUGUCAAAUUCACUUGGACCUUUAAGCACACACAUGGGGGAACUGAGCUCACAUAAAAGUUACUUAAUGAAUCGCAUCUGGAGGCAAGGACACAGAUGAAAGUAUACAAUUUUCAGGUUUGAAUCGAAUAAAAACCUUUAAAAAUA